UGUAACGGUUGAAUAAUCGUUUUAUCGACUGAGACAGUAAAAAAAAAAUGAAAUAUUUGCGGAAAUAUAAUUAAAUAUGAUUGAUGCAAGAUGACGUCACGGUAGAAGACAAAUACUUUCAUUUCGCUAACUACCUCUAAUUUCACGCGCUAUGCUUAACCUAACCUAAUGCCAACUGAUGCCACGAUGUCAGUCUAUGUUUGACAAUUCGUUGUGACUUUAAAGUGUUUGACACUUUGACCGGAAUAUUUUCUUUUCUAUACGUGAACACGCAUCAAUUUCAAAAAAUGGUUGAAAUCGAGUCGAUGACGAGAUAUGUCUCGCCGGUAAAUCCAGCUGUCUUUCCUCUGCUGGCUGUAGUUUUAUUAGGAAUUGGAGUAUUUUUCACGGCCUGGUUUUUUGUAUACGAGGUUACCAGCACGAAAUUCACGCGAGAUAUAUGCAAGGAAGCACUAAUUUCAUUGGUCGCAGCGCUAUUCUCUAGCUUUGGAGUAUUAUUUCUGCUGCUCUGGGUUGGAAUUUAUGUAUAGACAACUAGAAAUUAUGUAUCGAU